AUGGCCGAUUCUGCAAACGCUCCCAAGCCGAGCAGCAGCGUCAAGCUGGUGCUGCUAGGCGAGGCGGCGGUCGGCAAGUCAUCUCUCGUCCUGCGAUUCGUCAACAACGAUUUUCAAGAAAAUAAAGAGCCAACUAUUGGUGCGGCUUUCCUGACCCAGAAAUGCAACCUCCCGACGCGGACGAUCAAGUUUGAGAUCUGGGAUACCGCCGGCCAGGAGCGCUUCGCCUCCCUCGCGCCCAUGUACUACCGAAAUGCCCAGGCCGCCCUCGUUGUCUACGACCUCACCAAGCCCACCUCCCUCGUCAAGGCCAAGCACUGGGUCGCUGAGCUGCAACGCCAAGCCUCUCCCGGCAUCGUCAUCGCAUUGGUGGGCAACAAGCUAGAUUUGACGAGCGCAGCUGGUGCUGUUACCGCCAACGGCGAGGAUGGCGAGGAUGGUGAUGACUCGGGCAAUGCGCGCAAAGUUUCUACAGAGGAGGCACAGUCGUACGCCGAGGAGGAGGGUCUACUGUUCUUCGAGACCAGCGCAAAGAGCGGACACAAUGUUACCGAAGUCUUUACUGCCAUCGCAAACGCUAUUCCCGAGACGUCGUUGAAGAGCGCAAGAGGCGCCGGGGCCACUAGCGCAGCCGCCAGAGGAGGAGAGGAACAACGAGUAAAUCUCGGGGGCUCCAAGGACGUUGGGGCCAAGGACAGCUGUGCAUGCUAG